AGUAGCAGGCGGAAGGAGCCUCGGCGGAAGCGCUCUGCUCUCGUCUGUCAAGAGAGGAAACAUUUAGCAGCAAUAUCGUCACUUCAUCCGAUUGCAGCGGUUAUCUGCCCACUCCGUCGACGCCAACACCCGCUGCGAUGAUCCUGUUAGAAAUCAAUAACCGCAUUAUAGAAGAGACGCUGUCGUUGAAGUUCGACAGCGCAUCAAACGGAACCAAGCCCGAGGCUGUCGAUGUUACAUUUGCAGACUUUGAUGGCGUGUUGUACCACAUCUCCAACCCAAAUGGCGAUAAGACCAAAGUGAUGGUCAGCAUCUCUCUGAAGUUCUACAAGGAACUGCAGGAGCACGGGGCUGACGAGCUGCUGAAAAGAGUGUACGGAAGCUUCCUCGUUUCACCGGAAGCCGGCUACAAUGUGUCACUCCUCUAUGACCUGGACACCCUACCGGGCAACAAAGACGAGGUUGUGCAUCAAGCAGGGAUGCUGAAGAGAAACUGCUUUGCCUCCGUUUUCGAAAAGUACUUCAAGUUCCAGGAGGAGGGCAAAGAAGGCGAGAAGAGGGCUGUGGUCCACUACAGAGAUGAUGAGUCCAUGUAUUUGGAGGCCAAGAAAGACCGGGUGACGGUGGUGUUCAGCACAGUGUUCAAAGACGACGAUGACGUCAUCAUCGGCAAAGUCUUCAUGCAGGAGUUCAAAGAGGGCCGGAGAGCAAGCCACACAGCCCCGCAGGUUCUGUUCAGCCACAGGGAGCCGCCUCUGGAACUCAAGGACACAGACGCAGCUAUCGGGGACAACAUCGGCUACAUCACCUUUGUCCUUUUCCCACGUCAUACCAAUGCCAACGCCAGAGACAACACCAUCAACCUCAUCCACACUUUCAGGGACUACCUGCAUUACCACAUAAAGUGCUCCAAGGCCUACAUUCACACACGCAUGAGGGCCAAGACGUCAGACUUCCUCAAGGUGCUCAACCGUGCUCGACCAGACGCUGAGAAGAAGGAAAUGAAGACCAUUUCCGGGAAGACCUUCUCUCGCUGACAGCUCCGAUGAAGCCGUGGCCACUCGCCAACGCACCACGCUGCGACUCAACGGCACAUUGGACAGGCCUCCGAGAUGCCUCCAAACGCCCCCACACAGCCCACCCACUCCGAAUGAUCAAGUUUUCUUUUCUUAUUCUGUGUAACAAAGUUCGUAUCAAAAGCCAAGGCUCAAGGUAAUGGAAACAGGGCAUUCCUUGGAUUACAUACUUCAAGAGCACCAUUAGUCCUAUCCAAAUACUCUAACCUACAUUACAUUUUUGAUACAAUAUAAUAUCUUUUUUUUUCAUUGGUACUCUUAUUUGACAUUCACCCCUUCUGCGCUUUCAUGUCAUUGUCAUUUGAGGAAAAUAAAUCAAUCAAAUACCACGAAAA